GCCGCGACGUAAAAAACGUAGGCAAGCUAAUACCACUCUUCUGAAAUCUUAAGCUCCGUAGCCUCUCUCUCCUCGUCAGCGCCGGCCAGACCACGCACCGGCAGCCAGCCAGCCAGCAGCAAUGGAGACCGUCGCGGCCGCCGGCUACGCGCACGGGGCCGCCACGCGCUCCCCGGCGUGCUGCGCCGCCAUGUCCUUCUCGCAGUCCUACAGGCCCAAGGCUGCCAGGCCGGCGACCUCGUUCUACGGCGAGUCGCUGCGGGCGAACACGGCGAGGACGUCGUUCCCGGCGGGGCGGCAGUCCAAGGCGGCCAGCCGGGCGGCGCUCACCACCCGCUGCGCGAUCGGCGACAGCCUGGAGGAGUUCCUGACCAAGGCGACGCCGGACAAGAACCUCAUCAGGCUGCUGAUCUGCAUGGGGGAGGCGAUGAGGACGAUCGCCUUCAAGGUCCGGACGGCCUCCUGCGGCGGCACGGCCUGCGUCAACUCCUUCGGCGACGAGCAGCUCGCCGUCGACAUGCUCGCCGACAAGCUCCUCUUCGAGGCGUUGGAGUACUCCCAUGUGUGCAAGUACGCGUGCUCUGAGGAAGUCCCCGAGCUGCAGGACAUGGGUGGCCCGGUCGAAGGCGGAUUCAGUGUGGCGUUCGACCCCCUUGACGGCUCCAGCAUCGUGGACACCAACUUCACCGUGGGAACCAUCUUCGGCGUCUGGCCCGGCGACAAGCUGACCGGCGUCACCGGCGGUGACCAGGUUGCUGCCGCCAUGGGCAUCUACGGCCCUCGCACCACCUUCGUAGUUGCCCUCAAGGACUGCCCCGGGACACACGAAUUCCUUCUCCUCGACGAAGGUAAAUGGCAGCAUGUCAAGGACACCACGAGCAUCGGAGAAGGGAAGAUGUUCUCCCCUGGCAAUCUGAGGGCCACGUUCGACAACCCUGAUUAUGACAAGCUUGUCAACUACUAUGUGAAGGAGAAGUACACUCUGCGUUACACCGGAGGAAUGGUCCCUGAUGUCAACCAGAUCAUCGUGAAGGAGAAGGGCAUCUUCACGAACGUGACGUCGCCGACGGCGAAGGCGAAGCUGCGGCUGCUGUUCGAGGUGGCGCCGCUGGGGUUCUUGAUAGAGAAGGCCGGCGGGCACAGCAGCGACGGCAAGCAGUCGGUGCUGGACAAGGUGAUCUCCGUCCUGGACGAGCGGACCCAGGUGGCCUACGGCUCCAAGAACGAGAUCAUCCGCUUCGAGGAGACCCUCUACGGCUCCUCCAGACUCGCCGCCAGCGCCACCGUCGGCGCCACCGCCUAAUAAUCUUCUUCUUCUUCUUUUUUUACGCCUUUCUCAACCUGAAAAUUUAAACAAGCUGUCCGUUAUAGAGUCUGAAGCAUGCUGUUGUCUUGUGAUGAUCCGAACUGGUAAUACAGUCGGCAGACCGGCUUGCGUACGUCUGCCGCCCUUGUCUCCACUGCGAGGCGAUUGUUGUACGUACACAGUCGUGCGUUUGUGCAUGGCAUUGGCAACACUUGUGUCAUCAGA